GACUUUUAUAACGUGAUGGAACGACGGAGUCACUCCUAAGUCAUCACGUUGCCAGUGCCAGUUUGAAGUUUUAUUUCGCAACCAUUAUUAGUGUUGGGUAAAAUUGGUAAAAGCAAAGCGGUUAUAAAUAAUACUAUUUGUAAGCCUUUUAGUUCUAGCCUUACUGUGGGAUAUUAUGACUACCCCCGUACAGGUUUUCAAAGAUUCAUUAUAAUUUAGGCCUACCCUAACCUCGAACUCGUCUGCCAAGACCUAUCGGAAUCAUUAAUUGAUUAGCAAUAUUUACCUUAUAAUGCCUCACCGUUUUGUUGUUGUUGUAUCACUGUUGUGAUUGUGUUGUUGUUGUUGUUGUUGUUGCUGUUGUUGUUGUUACUGUCAUUGUCUGUGCUAUUACAAUUUCAAGGAUUCGAUUUAGAAUCAUUAGAUCUUAGCCUAUAUAUAGACUGAUAUUAUAACAUAAUUCAAGUCCAGGCUAUUAUCAAGGCCUAGUCUAGGCCUAGUAUUCAUUUUUACAACGCUGCUUCACAGAUUAGAUAUAUCUGGCAACCUUGAAUAUGGCCUAGCCUAUUUUGUGCCAAAAAAUACGAAUGGGGGUCCCCCGGGGUUCGUCACUUUUUGUGUUGGGCGAUUUCUUUGGCUGAAACUCCCGUGAGCGGGAAAUUUGAAAAAAAAAGAAGGCUCAGGCACUCAGGCAGCUGAGCUCAUAGAUCUAGAUAUUGAUACUAAACCUAUAGGCCUACAAUAGAAUAAUCUUAUAGACUAGACUGAUUGGCCUAUCUAGAUCUAGUGGUUAGUCCAGUCUCGCCCAGUCUUGUACAAUGUUCUACAGUCACACAUACUUGAAGAAAAAUGGAAGAUUUGGCUUGAUAUGGCUGUCCGCAACACAGUCGAAGGUAUUGAGCAAGAGGGAGCUGUAUUCGGUCAAUAUAAAAGUUGUUUGCUCAGAUAUCUUGGCUCACUUCCCUGCACACGGUGGACAUGCUGGAGAUAAAUUCCACCGACACAAGCGGUUUUCCCUGUACCUGUCAUCCCAGCUCAUGAUUGGCACCGUGAGAAUACUGCAGAAACAGUCAGACUAUUUGUUAGCUGAUUCCUGGGUUUUGUUCCGAAAAUGUUGUCCUGAGAUUCCACGUGCAAGAGAAAUUGAUCUCGUUGUUCUGAGGCAUGAGCCCACCACACUAGAAUGCUUAGUGCCAUCUAGCAUCAAAGACAAAAAUUAUAACAUCUUUUUUGGACUGUGCAAAGAACCUGACGUCGAUGUUGAAACCAUCUUGGAACAAUGGGACAAUAGUUUCUGUGAAAAAUAUGUUCCCCUUUCACCAAUACCAAAUCCUGUAAAGAUACAAGCGGAAAUAGGUAGUCCUCAUUCUGUUUCUGAUCCCAAGGAAAUUCAAAUUCAAGAGCAGGUGUGCAGUCCUGUUGAUCCUAUGAUCCCUGGUGAGGAAGAUCUGCCCCAUUUGGACAUUGCUGAUCUGACAUUACUACAGCACCCAGAAGGUCAAACACAAGAUGUUAUGGAAAUAGCCAGCCACGAUGUGUCCAGAAUUUUGCCUAUAACGGAGACUUCUUUUCCAGAAGUUUCUCACAGUGAGUCCCGUUUGCCUGUGUUUGAGGAGACCCCGGCUGUCCACCCUCAUGCAGAGCCAAGGACUCCAAGGAAGACCAAGAGAGUGAAACGUCAUGACUCUCCAACGGACAAGACAAAGAAGAGAAAGGGGGACCAAGAAGUGGCAGAAACAUCCCCGCUCAGAAAUGAAACAGCUACAGUUGACUUGCCGCAUCAUGCUGUUGUCGAAGGAAGGGAAGACAGGCAGCCUGUGGCCCCUGCUGAGGAGGAGGCCGUACCUGAAACUUCUCACUCUCGCAAGCCCAAGUGGGCUGAGAAUCUUCCUUUUAAGCUUCCCACAAUUACACCGAGCCCCAGUCCUAUCAGGAAGCCCCGUCCUCACAAGUUGGUCAUAGAUGAGACCCUGCAGAUUACCCGUGGAGACAUCAAACAGAACAUGAUAACUUCAAAGUCAACCUGUCAGACUUUAGUUCUUCCGAGCCCCGCCCCAAGAGAUUUAAUGAAGCAGCCUGGAUCUCGAGGUCUUGAUCACCCAAUUCUGAAAGGUCUUUGGAAGAAAAAUUGCCAGUUUAGAUUGAGAUACUUCGAAUCGGAUACAGAUUCAGACAGCAUUUCAAGCUCCUUGCAACUACACCCAGCAACUUCUACAGGAAGGAAACGAAAGCUAGACUUGGAGGAAACUGAAGAGCACUUGUCUAAAAGAUCUGAGUUGUCUAUUGAAAGAGGACGUGAUGCGCCUGGCAGAUCUUCUUCUUUUACUGGGGAUAACAGAAGCCAUUCUCUUGUAGCCCAGCAAAGUGAUGAGUCACACACCAGCGAGCAUCGAUCUGUGCCAGAUAUGGACAGGACUUUCGGCGAUGGACUGUCUGUGAGUGAAAACGUGACUAUUAAUCUAGGCACACUCCCUGUAUGGCCUGAAGAACAAGAACAAAUCAUCAGCCCUGUGCCUCUGGAACCUGUAGCUUUACCAGACACAAAGAGAGGAUCAUCUGUCGAGAGCCAACAUUCGCCUCCUGCUUUUGACUCUUCUCCUGCUGACUUUAUGCAACUGUUGAAAAGCCACAUCACGUCCAGAGAUGACUGGACAACAUUUAGAGCUCUCUGUCCAACAGAGACUACUAGCCGGGUGAAAGCUGCUGCUGUUUUCAUGGAUUUGUGCGAGCAUGUAGGCAGUGGUACAAUUUGUGUUCGCCAAGAUGAGCCUUAUGCUGAGAUAUUUUUGUGGCUUUUCACCCCUUAGUCUCACUCGCAACAAGGAAGCCUGAUUUCCUGGCUGAUACUGCCUUCAAGGAAUGAGCUGCAGCUGGUACAAAAGUCCGCAUACAUGGGUUUAUGAGUGCCACUUUUAUGUAGUCAUCUUUGCGAUAAGACCGACUAAGCCGCAAAAUAUGAAAAAUUUCAUUAGACGAAUCAUGAUAAAUUAUCUUUCCACGAUGUUCCUUAAAUGACUGAUCCAAAUUUUAAAUAGAAAUGCUCCUGAAACGUUUCAAAUAAAGCCGAACAGCUGGCCUGGCAGUCAGGUUUCUGUAUGAUGAAACCAAA